CUUACAGCUUGCCGUAGUCGCAGUGAAAGCUGGGUAGGACAGUCAAGCGGCGGGAGAGCGGCAAAAAUAUCCGUAAUUUGUAUUUAACAUUUCCCGUUUUACUUCAGAGUGACAACGUGACCAGCGUAAAACUAAGCGUAUGAAAAAAGUCAAUGUGAGUCAAAACUUUAGUUGUGAAUUUGUUAACAUCCGGCGUUCUUUCUUGGGGCUCCUCGGGGACAGUAGGUUUGGUGUCUUGAUUUGAUUCCACCGUUUUAGCGCCCUAGCAACAAUGGCGAAGGUACAGGUGUUGAAUGUGGCUGUUCUAGAUAACCCGAGUCCCUUUGGAAACCCAUUUCAGUUUGAAAUAACGUUUGAAUGCAUGGAAGACCUCCCCGAGGACCUGGAAUGGAAAAUUAUAUAUGUUGGAUCAGCGGAGAGUGAAGAGUACGAUCAAAUCCUGGAUUCAGUCCUGGUUGGUCCAGUCCCUGCUGGAAGACAUAUGUUUGUGUUUCAGGCUGAUGCUCCGAACACGGCCCUGAUUCCUGAAAGUGAUGCUGUUGGAGUAACAGUAGUGCUAAUUACCUGCACCUACCGUGGCCAAGAGUUUAUCCGCAUUGGUUACUAUGUGAACAAUGAGUACACAGGUCCAGAGCUGCGUGAAAAUCCACCCAUCAAGCCAGACUACACACAGCUCCAGAGAAAUAUUCUAGCAUCGAAUCCACGUGUAACCAGAUUCCACAUAAACUGGGAAGGCUGUACAGAGAAAAUGGAAGAUUCUGAAAAUGUUGAUCCUACGUCAAACUCCAUGCUCCCUCCAUCCUGUCUGCCAGGCAAAGCCCCACCUUUGGGGCACCUACCGGAUAACUCCAUGGAUUGCUUAUAAAUUUGCCUCAGAAGGCGGCAAACUCGAGCACAAGACCUUAUGGCGGAAUGCCCAUGGACAUUUUAGCGUAGAUGAAAGGAUGUAUUCCCUGCCUUACCUCUUCCUAUACUUAUAAAAAAAAAAAUUAGCUCACCUGGGCUUUAGCGAACAUCGUUUUCCAAGGACAUGGUGAACAUGAUUGUGUAUUAAAAAGUAGUUCUUGCCAUGAGUUUGAAAGCAAUAUUAAAGAGUGGAACUGAAACUGCAUGAAAUCUUUCAACUGAGCUUAAACGAAACAAUAUGUUAUUCAUAGAUUUUCUGUUUUUGUUGAAAAGGAUGUACAUUUAAGAGGAAUUUGACUCUGAGAUUACAAUACAUUGAACAAAAAUAUGAUAAUUUGUCACUAUAUUUGUGUUCAAAUUGCACUUAUUGUGUUCAUGUAAAAUUAUAGAGUUCUGGGUGGACUUUUUUUUUUAAGCUAUUAUCUUUCCCAAACAACUUCCCACGCCUUUCC